GACUCUCCCCUCCUAACCAUGGAGCGACCGCUAUAAAUUUGCAUCCCAAUCUUUUCAGUUUCAAUUCAACGCAUAUAUAAUUUCUACUUUGCUCUCACUUUGUUUUCCACAUUAUAAUAAUAAUAAUAUACAAUCAUGUCUGGCGAGGAGUAUUCAGAGAAAAAGUUUGACACAGAAGCGGCUUCGUCGCUGGUGAAGGAGUUGAGGGAGAAUUUUAGUUCCGGUAAAACGCAAAGUUAUGAAUGGAGAAUUUCGCAAGUUAAGGCUCUUUUGAAAAUGGUUGUGGAACAACAGGAUCAAAUAAUUGAUGCUCUGCGUUCCGACCUCGCCAAGCCACCGCUCGAAACUGUCGCGUACGAGAUUGGUAUGUUAAAAAACUCAUGUAAAGUCACGCUGAAGGAAUUGAAACAAUGGAUGUCACCAGAAAAGGUUAAAACUUCAAUCACAACUUUUCCUUCUUCGGCUGAAAUAGUACCUGAACCACUUGGUGUUGUGUUAGUCAUCUCUGCAUGGAAUUAUCCAUUAUUGUUGUCCCUUGAUCCAGUUGUUGGAGCUAUAGCAGCUGGUAAUGUUGUGGUUCUAAAACCAUCAGAAGUUGCUCCAGCAUCAUCUUCACUGCUGGCAAAAUUGUUAGGGAAGUACAUGGAUAACUCAUCUAUUAGAGUUGUGGAAGGUGCAGUUGAUGAAACUACUGCAUUGUUGCAACAAAAGUGGGACAAAAUUUUCUAUACAGGUAAUGGAAAAGUGGGAAGGAUAGUGAUGGCUGCAGCUGCAAAACACCUUACACCAGUUGUUCUUGAGCUUGGAGGAAAAUCUCCCACUGUUGUUGAUUCAAAUGUCAAUUUAAAGGUUACAGCUAAAAGGAUAAUUUCUGGCAAAUGGGGCUGUAACAAUGGACAAGCCUGCAUUUCUCCUGAUUACAUUAUAACAACAAAAGACUUUUCUCCAUUGUUGGUAGAUGCCUUAAAGACUGAGUUGGAAAACUUCUUUGGAAAGAAUCCAUUAGAAUCAAAUGAUUUGUCGCGCAUUGUGAGUUCUAACCACUUCCAUCGCUUGAUAAAGCUCAUGGAUGAGGAUAAGGUUUCUGACAAGAUUGUUUAUGGUGGUGCAAAGGAUGAAAGCAAAUUGAGGAUUGCUCCUACUAUUUUAUUAGACACUCCACGAGAUUCACUGAUAAUGAGUGAGGAGAUCUUUGGUCCAUUGCUUCCCAUCAUCACGGUGAAUAAGCUGGAAGAAAGCUUCGAUGUGAUCAACUCGGGAACAAAGCCACUAGCAGCAUAUUUAUUUACAAAUGACAAUAAGUUCAAGGAACAAUUUGUGAAGAAAGUUUCUGCUGGUGGUUUGGUUAUCAAUGACAGUGUUUUACAUUUUGUGGCUUGUACUUUGCCAUUUGGGGGAGUUGGAGACAGUGGAAUGGGUGCAUACCAUGGAAAAUUCUCCUUUGAUGCUUUUACUCACAGAAAGGCGGUACUUUAUCGCGGUUUUACAGGCGAUUCAUCUUUAAGGUACCCACCUUACACGGAUAAAAAGCAGAAAUGUAUGAAAGCUCUAGUUGCCGGUGAUGUUCCCGGUCUUGUUCGUGCUCUUUUCGGAUAGUCCUAGGCUUUAAUUUGUUUUCAAAUGGGGUUGUUAGUGAUUUAUCUUUUGAUCUGAUUCUGUUGUAUUUAUUGUGCACAAUGCACGUUGGUUUCAUUAUAACCACUUUUCAAAAUAAACUUAUUAAGCGAGGUUGAGGUUAUGCUUGGUAAAAGCAAAUUGGUUGUUGAUA